CAGUAAUCUGUAUCGAAUAUUAUUACUACUAGGUAUUCAAUACCUGCUUUGAAUCGCGUAAUUGUGGGCAAUCAAAAUAAUUUUUAAUGUUGCCAUAAUAAUAUCGCGAAUUGUGUUGAUCGAAGAUAACGGAAUCGACCAAAACAGUUUGUUUUUGUUUUGAUGGACAACCAUUUUUUGUUGCAUAUAAAAAUUCCUUUUUAGCAGUUCCAUUGUCGCGUUCCAUGUCUUGAAUGUUGUACUUUUCACUGGAUAGUCACGUAAAUGACUGUCGUUACUCGUUACUGCAACCAGAGAUAAACACCAAAGUUCUUAGAAGUUCAUAAUAUGCAUAUGGAGUUGGACGAUACAACAUUCGACUACGGAGUAGACGAUCAGAAUUUCUACGAUAGUCCGCCGUUUAAGAAAGGUGCCCUCCGAAGAGUGACUUUUAAUCCGAAGAUUUACUCCAAGGAUGAAGACUUCGUUUUUAAGCAGGAGAUUAUCGAUGAAAGCAGCGAUGAGGACCAGACUCAGAUGCAGACCAUCGGAUCUAUUCAGAAGGUGCCAUCGAUCAGCGAUUUGUCGGACCCGGAAGCUUCACUUGAUCCCCGUCAAUGGAGCGAAAUUCAUGUGGCGCAUUGGUUGCAAUGGGCGGCCAAAGAGUUCUCCUUGGAGUGCAGUCCUCUUCAUCAGUUCCGAAUGAAGGGCAAGGACAUUUGCGCGAUGGGAAAAGAUGCGUUUUUAGCACGCGCCCCAGCAUUUGUUGGUGACAUUCUCUGGGAGCAUUUGGAGCUCCUUCAAAAAGAUGUGGAAAAGGAAAGGACACUGUCCGUGUCCAAUGCGAUCUACGAUAACAUGUGUGUGCCGGAGAUUCCUUCCUACAUCGAUUACACGCAGGCACCAGUAAUCAAUCCUGCUGAAGAUCGGAAACCUCUUACGUUGACCGCUGUUACUCCACCCCCCACUAACUCUGGUCAAGCACAGUCCACUAAUAAUAAUUUUCUUCAUGACGGUUCUGGACGAUUUAGUGAGACCCCCUAUACCGACGCCUAUGGCAGCCCCUACCAGGACGGUUCGCCAUACCAAACGGUGCCUAGUGGCGGCUCCAGCGGCUCUGAGCAGUGGGGGCUCACCCCUAGUCACGAUUUGUCAAUGGGCGGCCACGCCCCCCCUUCCCAUCAUACCGACAGCAAACCCACCAUGUUACAAAACGGGAUGCUGGCGGGAUACUCUAGUAAUCCAUCUGGAACGGGUGGUCACUGUUUUACCGGUACGGGCAGAUACAACGAUGGAUACAAUGAUAUUGGAUCCCCAUAUGGAUAUGAUUCGCCGUUCCAAACAGUGCCCAGUGGGGGCAAUAAUGGGACGGCGGCCGACCAAUGGGCGCACAACCAUGAUCUGUCGCUGGGACAUCAUCCGCACACCCAUCCAGCAUUUUUGGGCUCUGGAAUGGUCCGAGAUCGUCAUGAUGGACUACCGCAAGACACCAAGCCAAUGAUCCAAAACGGAAUGAUUGCCGGAUAUCCCAGCAAUCCCACGGGAGGACCAUGUUUUACUGGUUCCGGGCCCAUUCAACUAUGGCAAUUCUUGUUGGAACUUUUAACGGACAAGUCGUGCCAAAGCUUCAUUUCGUGGACUGGAGAUGGAUGGGAGUUUAAAUUAACCGACCCUGAUGAAGUUGCUCGAAGAUGGGGCAUCCGCAAGAACAAGCCCAAAAUGAACUACGAAAAACUGUCGAGAGGGUUGCGUUAUUAUUACGAUAAGAACAUUAUCCACAAGACUGCUGGCAAGCGAUAUGUGUAUCGAUUCGUAUGCGAUUUGCAGACCUUAUUAGGAUACAGUCCAGAAGAGUUGCAUGCCAUGGUUGAUCUCAAACCUGAAAAGAAAGAAGACGACUGAAUGAAAGUGAAUGGCUACAAGGAUCAUCUUCUGCAGACAAUAAACCAACCGGUUGCAAUUGCAAUUUAUUGGUGCCUAAAGCUAAUGUUAGACAAGUAUCUUUUUAUUACAUCUCCCGCAAUACAAAAAAACUGGCAAACCUGUUCAAUCAGGGCCAUUUUUUAGAGGCACUGUUUCUUCCGUACUUCAAAACGAUAAAAGUAGACGAUACAUUCAACUGAUUGUAUGUCAUUGUUUAAUUUUUAUCAUAAAGUGUACCUGCAGUUAAAAUCAUCUUCAUAUAAAGCCCGUGUCACAUGCAUCCUUUGUAGUACGAUUCAAAUAAACGAAUGCAUGGGACACGGGCUUAAGGGUCUAAGCAUUUCGAAACGAUGCUCAAUGAAAAUGUGCAUCUGAAAAAGGGCCUUAAGAAAUUUCCAGGGUAUAGAAAAACUACGGUGUUCAUAUCACUACUAGAACCUAGUAGAAAGUAAAUGUGUGGCAAAACAAGUCACUAAGUUGUGAUUUUUUACCAAAAAAAGAAAAGAAAUGUUAAAAGUGUUACAUUUUACUUGUGCAGAAAACGUUACGGGCUGUUAAGUUUUUGGAAGAAUAUAUCAGGGUUUACAGCAGUUUACACAUUUUGUUCAAUAGACAAUAAGCUUUGAAAAAUAUGAUAUUAUUUUGCGCCAAAAAAUUUCCGUUUUAUAAAAUGCUCAAGCUUACAAAUUUUACAAAUCCAUUAGGCAAGGUAUUUUCUGAACGAUGAGAAUGCUCAGUCGAUAAUUGUUAAGUUAAUAUGUUUUUUUCAAUCGAACAAUAUGACCGAAACAAUAAAAUUAAAGUACGCCGAUUUCUGUAAAUAUAAAUGUUAAUUGUGAUAAGCCUAAAAAUCAGAAAGUGUUGAUAAUAAAUAAUAAUGUUUUUAUUUAGAAAGACAAAUAUUCGAUUUUCGUGGGGCUGUACAUUGACUCUUCGAUAAGUAUUUUUAUAUUGGAUGUCUUUCCUGUUUAAAUAGCGUCAUUUACAACUUCUUUUAACAAGUUUUACUAAAUUAAUCAGCAAGCGUUUCAGAUGUUUUAUUGUCAAGAAAUUGUCACUUUUUAUUGUUAGAUAUCUAAAUUUCAAGUUAUUCAUUAAUGAACUUGGAAUAAUAUUUUAUUUUUAAGCAAUAAAGUUUGAGCUACACAAACAAAAUACGUGAUCUAAAUACUCAUCAAUGUAUUUGACUUCAUGCGACAAAAAAAUCGAAUUUCCAAGAAAUCGAAAAUUCGACAUUUUCUUCGCACAUCGCUUGCUGAUUAAUUGAUUUUUUAUUUUGUGGUCUCAGUCUAGGUUAUAACUUAAGUUAUUUUGAAUGCAAAAAGUCGAAAAUACAGCAAUAUUCUCGUUGUAGGGAAUAUCUAUUACUCUAUUUUCAUUUGUUGCAUUUCUCCUACAUUAUAUAACUAUUGUAUUAAAAGUGAAAGUGUUUCAAUAAAAUACUUAUAUUGGU